UCACUCCUUCGACCCUUCCCCUCGUUUCCUCAACCAGAGCAUAUCUCUCCCUCUCCUAACCCUAGCUUUCCCUCCUCCACACUCCGGCGGCACAAGGUGCUCAGUCCGGCUGACCGACGGCCACCGCGAUCAGGAGGACGGCGCCGGCCGAAAGGGCCGGGGGUCGGCGCGGCGACAAGGGGGGCAGCGGCAGCACAGGCCGGCGCACGAGGCCACAUCAGCACUGAUUUUCCCUGCCUCACUCGGUCAAAAUCCCUCUCGUCGUUCCUGGAGACUCCGGCGUGCAUACAAGCAGCGACAUCUGGACGGAAGCAGCGAGCAGCAGCGGGUAGGAGGCCGCGGCGAGCGGUUAGGCACUUAGGUGGCAGCGGGCCAGCGAAGAGGGGAGCACUGCAGCAGUGGCGGCGGCUACUAGAAGGGAGAAGUGGCCCGGCGAGCUAGAUAGGGAGAAGCUAGGGUUUGGGUAAUUUGAGGCUGCGAGGACCGAAGGGAGGGGAGGAGUCGAGAAAAGUGGGAGUGAUGAGCAUAGUGCCCAAGGAGACGAUUGAGGUGAUCGCUCAGAGCGUCGGCAUCGCCAACCUCCCCGCCGAUGUCUCCGCCGCAGUUGCUCCUGACGUCGAGUACCGCCUCCGCGAGAUCAUGCAGGAGGCAAUUAAGUGUAUGCGGCAUGCAAAGAGGACAAUCCUGACUGCAGAUGAUGUUGACAGUGCUCUUAGCCUAAGAAAUGUUGAGCCUGUAUAUGGAUUUGCUUCUGGUGAUCCCUUGCGGUUUAAGAGAGCUGUGGGACACAAGGAUCUCUUCUAUGUUGAUGACAGGGAGGUAGACUUCAAAGAGAUUAUUGAGGCUCCUCUACCUAAAGCUCCUCUCGAUACAGCAGUUGUAGCUCACUGGUUAGCCAUUGAGGGAGUCCAGCCUGCGAUUCCAGAGAAUCCUCCUGUUGAUGCUAUCAUAGCGCCAACGGAAAAUAAAAGGACAGAGCAUGGGAAGGACGAUGGACUUCCUGUUGACAUAAAGCUUCCUGUUAAGCACGUGUUAUCUAGAGAACUCCAGAUGUAUUUUGAUAAAAUAGCGGAGCUUACCAUGAGUAGAUCUGAAACCUCAGUUUUUAGAGAAGCAUUAGUGAGCUUAUCGAGAGACUCGGGCCUUCAUCCAUUGGUUCCUUACUUUUCCUACUUCAUCGCGGAUGAGGUUACCAGGAGUUUGGGCGAUCUUACUGUUCUAUUUGCUCUCAUGCGUGUAGUUCAAAGCCUCCUCCACAAUCCCCACAUUCAUAUUGAACCAUAUUUGCAUCAGUUGAUGCCAUCAAUGAUCACUUGCAUUGUUGCAAAAAGGCUUGGGCAUAGGCUUUCAGACAACCACUGGGAUCUUAGGGACUUCUCUGCUAAUUUGGUUGCUUCAGUUUGCCGAAGGUUUGGUCAUGUGUAUCACAACCUCCAAACCCGGUUGACAAAGACGUUGAUCCAUGCAUUUCUUGACCCUCAGAAAUCAUUGACACAACAUUAUGGUGCUGUUCAGGGGAUAUCUGCAUUGGGGCCCAGUGCGAUUAGGCUUCUGCUUUUGCCCAACCUCGAGACAUAUAUGCAGCUUUUGGAGCCAGAAUUACAACUUGAGAAACAGAAAAAUGAGAUGAAAAGAAAGGAAGCAUGGCGUGUUUAUGGUGCCCUGCUGUGUGCUGCAGGAAAAUGCUUAUAUGAUCGGCUCAAAUUGUUUCCUAAUUUGCUUUCUCCGUCAACGCGGCCUCUUUUGAGGAGUAAUAAGAGAGUCGUGACUAAUAACCCAAAUAAAAGGAAGUCUAGUUCGGAUCUCUCUGCAUCCCAGCCACCUCUGAAGAAGAUGGCAACAGAUGGUGCGAUGAAUUCUAUGGCUUCAGCUCCCAUGCAAAACAUGCCAGGAACCAUGGAUGGCUUCUCCACCCAGUUACCCAACCCUAGCAUGAUGCAAGCUUCAUCAUCUGGACAAUUGGUGGAAAGCACCGCAUCAGGUGUGAUUCGGAGGGAUCAGGGAAGCAACCACCCGCAAAAAGUUUCCACAGUGCUGAGGUUAGCCUGGAAGGAGGACCAAAAUGCUGGGCAUCUGUUGAGUUCAUUGUACGAGGUGUUUGGUGAAGCAAUCUUCUCCUUUGUUCAACCACCAGAGAUAUCGCUCUUUUUGUAGGGAGCAAAUGCAUAGCAUUAGGAACCAUGUAACCUGCAUUGCACCAUUAGUCUGGUCUUGUGGGAUUCUUGUAACUGAAAUUGACGUAUAGGAAUCUUGUAGUGGUCUGAUGCUAGGUUUAAUUGCUUAAUGACUUCAGUGCUACAAUAAUUUACAUCUGCUGAUUGAUUGAAAUUAUUUACUGUAGUAAUUUUAUGUAAUAUGAAUUUUUAAGCUCUACUGGGGUGCCAUUUUAUGGCAUGUACAUUUUUAAACCAUACUAAUUUAUUGCAGAGUUGUCAUUGACAUGUUCU